AAUUUUUGUUCUCUUCAAUGAAAUUACAGUUACUUGUUGGAAGAGUGGAGAGAGAGGCAUGUUGAGCUAUCUGAAGAAGUUCCAACCAAUUUUUUGAACUUACCAUUUAUCAGUCUGAAGCUGCCACAGCAGGAAAACUCAUUUGAUUGUGGUCUUUUCCUCCUUUAUUAUGUGGAACGCUUUCUGCAGCAAGCUCCAGUAAACUUCAAUCCUUACACUGAAGCUUCUAACUUUCUCAACAAGGAAUGGUUCCAUCCUGCAGAAGCUUCUAGCAGACGUGAUUACAUCAAAAAACUAAUCUACAAAGUUUCCAAUGACAAUGCUCAUAAAAAUUCUGCAGUUGCCAAUGAACCUCAAUAUUCUUCACAUUAUAUGGUUGAGGGAGAAGUUAGUGAUGAAUCUCUUCUGGAAACGUGUGAUGGGAAAGAAGCAUGCAGGGGUGGUUACUCUGCUCCACAUGCUGAUGAAGAGACUCACGAAACAUCACAGGCAGCAAAUCCUAUGGAAUAUCUGCAGCCUUUAGGUCGACCAAAUUUUAUUCCUGGGGAUAUUUUGGGUGAAGGACAUACGGCAGGGUCUGUUGCAAAGCAAACUCAUCAAUUUCAUGGGAAAUCAGAACCACAUGAUCAGACCUGCAACAACAUGUCACCGAUAGAGGAAGAGGAAGCACCUUGGGAGCAAACAGCAUCAGUGGACACGGUAGGUGGCAGGCAAGCAGUUGCCAGUGUCAAGCAAAUUCCUAUGCAUCUUGAUUAUGAGGAUGUGGAGAUUUUGGAUGUCAAGUCCCUAAAUUCAUUAGAGAUGCAGGAUGAAGAAGCUGUUGUCCCGAGGGUGCUACAUGUUCUAGAUUCUGAAGCUAGGGACAAAAAGAAUGAUACUUCUUCAAUGUCAAGAGAGGAACUUGAUUGCUGUGUUGUUGAAGAUUCUGUGGAGGAAAAUGGGAGGUUUGAUACCAAUGAUAACGAAAAUCCUCUUUCCUGUGAAGCCACAACUGUGGCCUUUUACGAUCUGGAGGUAGAAUCUCCCAGUAAUACAAACAUCAAAGCUAAUCCCAGCAAACCGGUUGCUGCAUCAGAAGAAGAGCGGGACAUAGAAAGUGUGAAUAUUCUUACGAGUAGUUAUAGAAGACGCGGAAGAUUUCUGUCAAAAUAUUCACAUUGUUGAAAUGCAGUCUAAGUAUUUUGGUGGCCCGAGUAUUCUUGGUUUACCCGGUUUUGAAAGGCUAAGUAGGUUUACCUGCGGUCUCGUCCUGAAUUCAGAAGAAUGGUCAUAUCAUAUCAUAAGAGGUUUAUCGUCGCUAUAGUUUUUGGCAAACUUCUUGCUUUAGCUUUUUGGGAUAUGAGCCAGAGUUUUGAGCUGUAUAUAUGUGUAAAUACAUGGAUAUCUCAAUUAUCAAAUGGUGAGAUCUGUAGUGUGCAUUGGUU